GCCCGAUGACGCGAAGGUGGCCAGCAUUCGUGAUUGGCCACGCCCUUAGUCUGUGACUGAGAUGAGAUCUUUCUUAGGAAUGACAGGCUACUACCGGACUUUUGUAAAGAACUAUAGCGUAGUGGCCGCUCCUUUGACUGAUCUGACCCGCCUUGACACCCCGUGGGAGUGGACAGAUGAGUGCGAGGCUGCUUUCAGACAUCUGAAGCAUGCACUAACGCAUUAUGAAGUCUUGAAACUUUCCGAUCCUGAUAAGCUGUUUAUAGUAACCACGGAUGCUAGUCAAUAUGGCAUUGGCGCCGUGCUUGCGCAGCAGGAGGGGCCAAAGUUGAAGCCUGUUGAGUACAUGUCCAAGAAAAUGCCGUCUCAGAAGUUGGCUAAGUCCACCUAUGAGAAAGAACUCUAUGCGGUGUUCAAGGCGCUGACCCAUUGGAAUCAGUUGGUCGGUGAGGCCAACAUCAACAUGCACAACUUCCCAUCGUUCAGCGAGAAGGCCCUAGACCUUGAAGCAAAGAUAGGGCAUGGUCGGAUACCCAUGACGGAUGGUAGGAAAAAGUCACUGCCUCCCAACUGGAAAGCGAAGGGACACAUCAUGUUCGUCGACAAUGAUGGUUCCACCAUCGAAUUGGACGAUGACUUCCAGUCGGGAGUGGGUUCAGAGGCCGACAGCGUAGAAGCUUCAGGGAGUGUAGUCGCUGUCGUAGCACAAAAAGCGAGAUGGUUGAGUGAUUUAGUGCAGCUCCAGGGGUAUGGUCAUGACUUCUGCGCUUGGGUGGCCUCCAAGAAAUUGGAGGACUUCCUGAAGAUGGUUGAAGAAAGGUGGCAUGAUCCUCAGGAGGCCCAAAGGGCCAUUGAUGCGAUCCUUACAGUACACAUGCGGCAGUUCAAGUCUGUAAGGGAAGACCCCGACAUUGUUGAGCAUUUGAUCUGUGUCCCAGGGGUGCGCUAUGACCCCCAGGUCCUGCUUACCUCGUACUUGAGAUGCUUUUCUCAGCCUCUCAGGAACCAGUUGGCAAGAGAGGCCAACAUCAAUAUGCACAACUUUCCUUCGUUCAGCAAGAUGGCCCUAGACCUUGAAGCUAAGAUAGGGCAUGGACUGGUACCCACUAUGAAUGGGAGGAAAAAGACACUGCCUCCUAACUGGAAGGCGAAGGGUUGCUUAAUGUUUGUCGAUAAUGAUGGUUCCACUAUCGAAGUAGACGAACACUUCAAGGAGGGAGUAGGUUCAGAGGCGGGCAGCGUAGAAACUUCAGAGGGUGGAGUGGUCGCUGCCAUAGCUCAAAAAGGAAAGGCGACCGGUAGACGUCGUGGAGGCGAGCCAGUGAAAAUGUCGCUGGAGAUAGAGGGAGUAGUUGCUAAGUACCCUGAUCUAUUUGAAGAGCACACAAUGGCGACUGGGGUUGUUGAGAGGGAGGUCGUCCACGCGAUAGAGAUUAUCCCAAGGUCUAGUUUUCCGAAGGGUAGGAUCUAUCGGAUGUCUCCAGGCGAGCUUGAUGAGCUUCGCCGCCAACUCAAGGAACUCGUAGAGAAGGGUUGGAUCCGGCCGAGUGUCUCUCCUUAUGGAUCGCCACUACUAUUUGUACCUAAGAAGGAGGGUACACUUAGGAUGUGCAUUGACUAUAGGGGCCUCAAUGCCAUCACUGUAAAGAACCGAGAGCCCCUACCGCGCAGCGACGAUCAGCUAGAUAGAGUGCAAGGCUGCGGGUACUUCAGCAAGAUAGAUCUGAAGGUCGGGUACCAUCAGAUUGCAAUCCGGCAAGAGGAUCAACACAAAACCACUUUUCAGACCAGGUACGGUCUAUACGAGUUUGUGGUGAUGCCUUUCGGCGUUUGCAAUGCUCCUGGCACCUUUCAGCACGCUAUGAAUCGGAUAUUCCAUGACUACUUGGAUAAGUUUGUCAUCGUGUACCUUGAUGACAUACUUAUUUUUAGUAAGACUGUCGAGGAGCACGUUGCGCAUCUGGACAAAGUCAGUCUCCUGCGACAGCGCAAGUUCAAGAUCAACGGUGAGAAGUGCGAGUUUGGCCGCACCCGUGUCUUGUACUUGGGUCAUGAGAUAUCCGCGGAAGGGUUGAAGCUCGAUGACACAAAGGUGGCCAGCAUUCGUGAUUGGCCACGUCCUCAGUCUGUGACUGAGAUGAGAUCUUUCUUAGGAAUGACAGGCUACUAUAGGACUUUCGUUAAGAACUACAGCAUAGUGGCCGCUCCUUUCACUGAUCUGAUCUGCCUUGGCACCCCAUGGGAGUGGACAGAUGAGUGCGAGGCUGCUUUUAUGCAUCUAAAGCAUGCGUUGACGCACUACGAGGUCUUGAAACUUCCUGAUCCUGAUAAGCCGUUUAUAGUCACCACGGAUGCAAGCCAAUAUGGCAUUGGCGCCGUGCUCGCGCAGCAGGAGGGGCCAAAGUUGAGGCCUGUAGAGUACAUGUCCAAGAAAAUGCCGUCUCAGAAGUUGGCUAAGUCCACUUAUGAGAAAGAACUCUAUGCAGUUUACAAGGCUCUGACCCAUUUGAGGCACUAUCUCCUUGGGAGACUGCAGGCGAAGGACAAGAAGACCUCUGUCGAGUUUGAGUUGGUUAAUGGCUUGUUGUUCCUUGAGAAGGCAGGGAAUAAGCGUUUGUGUGUCCCGAAUCGCGAGUCUUUGCGUACUUUGUUUUUAGGAGAAUGCCAUGAUGCCACCGGUCAUUUUGGGUACAAAAAGACCGCAGCUAAUCUGCUGCAGCGAUUCUGGUGGCCCACGAUGAUGAGAGAUGCUCAGCUGUACGUGGAAACGUGUCAAGUCUGUCAGAGAGACAAGCCACGUACACAAGUCCCUCUUGGGCUCUUGAAGCCGCUUCCGAUUCUGGAAAGGCCUGGUGAGAGUCUGUCCAUGGACUUCAUGGAUGCUCUGAUCACCAACAAGAGUGGGAUGCGACACAUCUUUGUCAUCGUGGAUAGAUUUAGCAAGUAUGCUAGGUUAGUGGCAAUGCCGGAAACAGCAAGAACGGAGUAUGUGAUCCGAAUGUUCAAAGAAAACUGGGUCAGGGACUUUGGUUUACGAAAGUCUAUUAUUAGUGACAGGGAUGUCCGGUUUACCAGUGAGUUGUGGAAGGCCGCUGCUGCAGAGCAGAGCAGGGAACUUAGUACCUUAGAAUUUGCUUAUCGCUAUGAACAGAAGAUGCAGCAGGCUGUAGAACAGAUGCAGAAGGCGCAGGCUACAAUGAUAGAGUCUGAAAAUAGACACCGCCAACCUUCUGCAUUUCAGGUUGGGGAUAUGGUCUGGGUUAAGUCUUCAGAACUGGGACAGGAGCAAGGGAUCUCUCGCAAACUCAUGCCCCAGUACUUUGGACCCUGGGAAGUCUUGGACAUCGUGGGGACAGAUCCGGAUGGGCCAUCCUAUGUUAUCCGGAUCCCUGGUCAUCUUCGUAAUUACCCUGUCUUUCACGCCUCCAAGUUAGCACCUUUCGAAGAGACUGAUCAGUUUCCUCCUCGUCGCUUAAUGCUGCCCCCAACCAUGGACGAAGAAGUGGACAUUGAUGACAUUGUGGAUCACAGGGAGCUUCCAGUUCAGAGACCUACAGGCAGGGGACGUCCUCCAAAACCGAAGCUGCAGUACCACGUUCGGUUCCGACAUCAUACUGACCCCAAGGAGGACCGCUGGUUCACAAGGGAAGAACUCGUGCAGACCGCUCCUCAAGUUGUAUCUCAAUAUGAGAAAUCUCUGCAGAAAGGAAAGAAUCAGUUGGUCGGUGAGGCCAACAUCAACAUGCACAACUUCCCAUCGUUCAGCGAGAAGGCCCUAGACCUUGAAGCAAAGAUAGGGCAUGGUCGGAUACCCAUGACGGAUGGUAGGAAAAAGUCACUGCCUCCCAACUGGAAAGCGAAGGGACACAUCAUGUUCGUCGACAAUGAUGGUUCCACCAUCGAAUUGGACGAUGACUUCCAGUCGGGAGUGGGUUCAGAGGCCGACAGCGUAGAAGCUUCAGGGAGUGUAGUCGCUGUCGUAGCACAAAAAGUAACUACGGAUGCUAGCCAAUAUGGCAUAGGCGCCGUACUUGCGCAGCAGGAGGGGAAGAAGUUGAGGCCGGUAGAGUACAUGUCCAAAAAGAUGCCCUCUCAGAAGUUGGCUAAGUCCACCUAUGAGAAGGAACUCUAUGCGAUCUACAAGGCGCUCACCCAUUGGAGGCACUAUCUCCUUGGGAGGUUCUUCUACGUCAGGACUGAUCACCAGACCCUGAAGUGGAUGAGAACCCAGCCUGUGCUCUUCGACGCUCUGAAGCGUUGGAUUGAAGUCAUAGAGCAGUAUGACUUUGAGCCCCAGUACAUCAAGGGCGAGUACAACACGGUUGCUGAUGCGCUGUGGCGUAGAUCAGAUUUCUCUGGUGCGCUGAUCACUGAGUUUGGGUUUGCGGACGAUGUUACUCGCUCUAUGGUGGAAGCCUAUCGUGAGGACCGGUUGAUGUCUGAGAUCAUACGCAGACUCAAGGCGAAGGACAAAGUGACUUCUGUCGAGUUUGAGUUGGUCAACGGACCGUUGGAUGUCCGAUUCACAAGUGCGUUGUGGAAGGCUGCAACUGCAGAACAGGGAACACAACUGCAGAUGACUUUUGGGAACCAUCCUGAGGCCAAUGGCCAAGCAGAGCAGCUUAACCGUGCUGUACAACACCUGUUGCGACAUUACAUCAAGCCCAAUCAGGUGGACUGGGAUGAGAAACUUGCUCUCAUCACCAGCCUGUAUAACAAUGUUGUGCACAGCGCAAGUGGAGUGAGGUGGGAUGCAAAUUACAUAGGAGGGUCGAUUCAUCUGAUCGCCGACUAUGUCUAGAACCUCCCAAGGACUGAAAUACUGCGGCAUUAGUUUUCUGGAGAUUCCCAACUCCUGUCCCCGUUCAGAUGACUUAACCCAGACUCCUAGUGUGUUAGAAGGUCGUCUGUGUUUGUUCUCAGAUGCGAUAUGAGACUUCCUAGUGUGUUCAACGGCCUGCUGCAGCAUCUGUUCGUACUUGACAACAAAUUCUAUGCUGCCAG